AUUGACAGAUCGUGUGGCAAGUGUAUGUGUGAGUUUGUGCGUGAAUAAGAAAACUUAAAAAACAAUAAAACAAAUCCGACCGUCAACUUAACUUUCAAUUUAAUAUUUGAAGCUUUGCUCUUGUGGGUGGUGUGAGUGAUGUGAAAAAGACAAUUCCGCCAUAAAAUGAAACAGGAAUUGGAAUUUUUGGACAGAGAGGAUGUGCAGAACAGAUUAGUAGUAAAGUGCGAGGAUGACGAAGAAGGCGAUAUACACCCUCAAUGUGUCCAUGGGCCAACUAUUCUAUUUUACUAUGAGGACAAGGGACCAGAACAUGGUUACUAUGGGUGUUCGGCAUAUAGGGAUAAAAAACUGUGCCCUUUUAACGUACCUGCAUCAGAGUUAAAUGUAAAACAUUUCAGAAGGCAAUACGACACAUCCACUGUUUUGUACCGAAGCGCGAGGAAGAAGUUUUUAGAGGAUGGUGAGGACACGCAGAAACACUAUUGUUUGUCGUGCAACAAGGCGAUAGUUAACGAUGACUUGCCCAAGCAUUUGGAUCAUAAUGUAAAACAAAACUUGCCGAAACAUUAUAUACAGGAUCCCACUCUCUUUCUACCACCCCUAAACAAUGAUAAGGCACAGGCUCAGUAUUUCUUCGAUGAAAAGUCGCUGCAGUUCUUUGAGAAUACGUUGCACGACUUGAAAAUCAGUAAAAUUAUUUGUAUGGGGGCUCCCCGAUUACAUUGUUAUCUCUCCUCCAAACCUUCGAAUCAAGUAAAGAGUUAUCUACUGGAUCUUGACCAUCGUUUCAUUUACUUCUAUGACGACACAAGUUUUGCAUGGUAUAACAUGUGCAACAAUCACUUUUUCGACGAACUACAGAAACAGGAGUUUUUCAAAUUUCUCAAAUGCCAGAGCGAUGAAAGACUUCUAAUAUUUACUGACCCUCCAUUUGGCUGUCGCACGGAAUUGAUAGGUAGCACACUGAAUAAACUAUCAAAGCUUUACAGUAAAAUCAAUCAAAUCCCUUAUCAACCACUGCCUAUUUUUUGGGUUUUCCCAUAUUUCCUGGCUCAGUACAUACAGAAAGUGAUGCCUUCAUUACAGAUGUCGGAUUAUAAAAUCAACUACACCAACCACGACUCUUACACCGACAUUGGGAAAUCAGCACGCAAGCAAGGAUCUCCUGUGCGUCUAUUUACCAAUGUUCCUUUGGACAUACUGAAGCUACCUGUUAAAGAGCAAUAUAAAUAUUGCUCCAAGUGUCAGAAAUAUACAGCUUUGGAGAAUAGGCACUGUGAAAUAUGUAAAUGCUGCCCUUCAAAAAACGGAUCAACAUAUGUUCAUUGUAAUCAGUGUGGAUUGUGCGUAAAACCGUCCUAUGUUCAUUGCAGAAACUGUCGCAGGUGCACUCAAAAAGGGGGCCACAAUUGCUCAGAAUACCAGAAGCACCAAACGUGUUAUAUAUGUCGAACUGUGGGUCAUACGGAAAAGAGGUGUCUUUUUUGGAGAAAGAAGGUAUUGCACCAAAUGUUUCCUCCCAAAGAAACCGAUAGUGAAAACAUUAUCGUUUGCAUUCUGUGUAACAAAAUUGGCCACAAUGAGUUGUCCUGUGACCAACGCUCUUUUUACUUAAAAGAACUUACGUUUAUGGGCGAAACCCAACUGUGCGAAAAUGUAUACCGAAUGCCUACACUGAAAUCAGCGGGUAAGACAAGUGUCAAUUCCUUUCAAGCAUUUUGAUGUCCAUAACAACCUUGAAUAUUGCGUGACAAUAAAAAUGCCUUUUUUUAAAUA